AUGGUAGGCGCAGAGUUCGUCGACCUCUUCCAGAAGUUCCGAACGUCCGCCUAUCUCUCGCUCGAGGACUUUGCAGAUCGACUGAACCUCUUCACAGUACUCAUCUUUCUCAUCUCCUGCCUCUUCAUUUCUGCAAAGCAGUAUGUAUUCAAUUCAAUCUCCUGUUACACACCUGUGGAACCAUCGGGUGGAACAUUCAGGAGUUUUGUCUCUGACUUCUGUUGGGUUCAUGGAACUAUCCCCUUUCGUCCGAAUGAAGCCCUACCCACAACGGAAGCUGAAUGGAAUCAAUAUGAUCAACACCGACGAAUAAGUAAGUCACUGCUAAGUUUAAGUAUACGAUUAUGCCGUAAACAAUAA